AUUAUAUUCAUUGUGUUGAAUGUCAAUGAAAUUAGUUAAUUCUGGAAAAUACAUAAUUGCAAGUCCGACGAUUUCGUUCGUUUCUCAAUGAAAGUUCUGUGCAUAUAGAAUUCCUAUAAUUGUAUCUUAAAUAUCUCGCCCGUAAUGCCUUGACAAAAGGAAUUUGGCUUCUAAACUCGCUGCAUUUAUUUGAUAAACAAGCUAUCUUUCGUUUGACAGGCUUGUCUAAACAAAAGUAUCGGGAAGCAUUUAACAAUGUCAGCCACCGAAACUACGGUCAUUUUCGCAAAACUGGAAGCACUGAAAGACAUCAAAUCGAAAACACUCCAAUUGGAAAAGAUGAAGCAAAGAAUCUUGCAAGAAGUAGAACAAACUGAACAAGAAGAAAAAUGUUUGCUGGAGUAUAAACAAGAAAUGGAUCUUCUUAUGCAAGAAAAAAUGGCACAUGUCGAAGAAUUACGUCAAAUACAUGCGGAUAUAAAUGCGAUGGAAGCUGUUAUUAAACAAGCAGAAGAAGCUAGAAAUAAAGCAAGAGAGACAGCAAAAUUAAUCCAUAAUAACGAUUAUCAACCUCUAAAACAUGAUAUUGAUCGUAUGCGUAGGGAAUUUUUAGGAUUGGAAAGGUUACCAGAAUUAUAUGAAACAGAAUCUGAUCUCAUUUCACCAGACUACUUUGACCGUCCAAUGCAAAAAGCAGAAUGGAGGGUCGAAGUAAGGGGAGAAGAUUUAUUACCCCCUCUUACUCUGCACCAUCCUGGUCACCCAGGUGGUUCCACACCUUUCCUUGCUCCUCAACCUCUUCAAGGUCCAAGUAAGCCAGAACCAAGACCAUUGCCACCAGCCCCAGGCCCACCUGCUCCAACAUUCAGGUACCACUGGCAACAACCACCCCCUAUGAAAUCAUGUUUAUCAUGUCACCAACAAAUUCAUAGAAAUGCACCAAUAUGUCCCCUUUGUAAAGCUAAGUCGCGAUCACGUAAUCCCAAGAAGCCAAAGAAAAAAGACUAAUUAUAUUUAUAAGUGUUAUUUAUAUUAUGAAACAUCAAGCAUUUCUAUCACAUAAUUCUAAGGGUAUGUGUUAAUGCUUUUUUUAUAACUUAAAAUAGUUUGACUACUAUAAAAACAUGCAUUCCUGCAAAGUGUAUAAAAGUGUUUGCAAAAUGUAUGUAUUUAUAGUAAUGUUUUUAACUUUUCUUAGAAAUUUAUUUUUGAUUUUUAUAAUACUUGUAUCAACCAGUUGUAAGACACUGAAUUUUCGC